AUGGUGGAAGGACCUGGUUGUACUUUAAAUGGAGAGAGAAUUCGGGCGCAAGUACUCCCGGGCCAGGCAGUGGUAGACAUGCGGGGAAGGGCUCUGCAGGGCCUGGAGGUAAGGGGAUUGCCCCUAGAAGCUUCCUUGGCUGCGGACGUUUCCCAGGCUGGUACACUGAAUAAUAAAGAGUCCAGCUGGAAUUUCUUGAGACUGUUUAAUGGAUAUGCUUACAAUGGUGUAGAAACUUUGGGGAAGGAGCUCUUUCUAUACUUUGGGCCAAAAGCUUUACGGAUUCAUUUUGGAAUGAAAGGCUUCAUCAAGAUUAAUCCAUUUGGGUAUAAAAAUAAAAAUGGAGUUUCUCCUGCUUUUGAAGUACAGCUCACCAAAGAUUUGAUUUGUUUCUUUGAUUCAUCAGUAGAACUCAGAAAUUCAAUGGAAAGCCAACAGAGAAUAAGAAUGAUGGAGGAGUUAGAUGUGUGUUCACCUAAAUUUAGUUUCUCAAGAGCUCAAAGUGAACUUAAAAAGCAGAAAGGCCGGAUGCUAUGUGAUGUGUUAAUGGAUCAGAAAGUGUUGCCUGGGGUAGGAAAUAUCAUCAAAAAUGAAGCUCUCUUUGACAUUGGUCUUCAUCCAGCUGUUAAAGUUUGUCAAUUAACAGAUGAACAGAUCUUUCACCUUGUGAAAAUGAUACGUGAUUUCAGCAUUCUAUUUUACAGGUGCAAUAAAGCAGGAUCUGCUAUAGCUAAACACUAUAAGGUUUAUAAGCGUCCUAAUUGUGGUCAGUGCCACUGCAAAAUAAUUGUGUGUCGCUUAGGGGAGAACAACAGAAUGACAUAUUUCUGCCCUCAGUGUCAAAAAGAAAAUCCUCAACAAGUUGACAUAAGCAAACUGCCAACUAGAAAUACCAUCUUUAGCUGGACAUGUAACAGGAGGGAUGACACGGACUCUGUGGCUAAGAAAUCUGAAGAGCAGUGGACAUGUGUGGUCUGUACACUAAUCAAUAAGCCUUCUUCUGAGGCAUGUGAUGCUUGCUUAACUUCAAGGCCUAAUGAUUCAGUACUUAGGAACAAAGAAAGUUCUAUUGCCUUUAACGACUUAGUGAAAUAUCCUUGUAAUAACUUUGGAAAAUUUAACACGGAAGUGAAGAUCAACAGAAAAACUGCCUUUGGAACUACAACCCUUGUCUUGACCGAUUUUAGCAAUAAAUCCAGUAUUUUGGAAAGAAAAAAAGGCCAAAACCAGAUACAAGAUUUGGGAUUUCGUAACUCUCUUCCCACUAAUGUUUGUUUUAGUGAUACACAGUACCCCUCUAAGGAGAGAACACACUGUGUAACUCAACUAUCUAACAGUGUAAACAUAUCACCUACUGUUGGCUCUCAGUCUAAAUUAUUUAAUCCAGUACAUAAAAAAUUGAAAACAACCCACGCAUCACCAGACCUCAAAAGUUGUAAGCCUGGAUUUUCAAACAGUGAACUUCCAAUUAAUGUGACAGAUGGUACUUGUGCAUUAAACGCUGGCAGUCCUCGCUGCAGUAAACACAACCGCCUCUGCAUUCUCCGAGUUGUGAGGAAGGAUGGUGAAAACAAGGGCAGACAAUUUUUUGCUUGUCCUCUACCUAGGGAAACACAAUGUGGAUUUUUUGAAUGGGCAGAUUUGUCCUUCCCAUUCUGCAACCAUGGCAAGCGCUCCAUCAUGAGAACAGUGCUGAAGAUUGGACCUAACAAUGGAAGGAAUUUUUUUGUGUGUCCUCUUGGGAAGGAAAAACAGUGCAAUUUUUUUCAAUGGGCAGAAAAUGGACCAGGAAUAAAAAUUAUUCCAGGAUGCUAA